AUGUUACUUAAUAGGGAAUUAAAUAGGAUUGUAGCUAAACGGGCUUUAAGGUCCGUAAAGAACUCUUUAGGUCCCACUCCGCGCUGGAAAGAUAUGUGCGAUGGGCAUUCUAUGCUAUCCAAAUUAUAUCAUAAACUAGUCGCUCCUUGGUUUUACAAAUAUUUUACUGGGCCUCUAGAGCGAUGGAGAAUGGCAUCACUCACGCGCUAUCUACGCGAACAUGGAUUGAUGUUUGACGACUUGAUGUCUGACAGGGAACCAAUUGUGGAAAGAGCUAUAUCAUUGUUACCGGAUGACAUAGCUACGGGACGCUAUAGGCGGAUUGUGCGAGGAAUGCAUGUUAAUUUCCUGCGUCUAACACUACCUUUGCAUGAACAAAAUUAUGAUCCUUUUGUUCCAUAUUUGGCACCUUAUAUAGAAGAGGCCAAAUUUCAGUUACAAGAGGAGGAGGAGUUGCUGGGUUAUCACCCUCAGGAUAGGAGAUUGUUUUGCGGUGGUACCACUGGAUUUGGUGAUUUUGAGCCUGGAAUGCAUUUUUUGACUUGUAUGCCCAAUCUGUAUGGUGCGGCCAUGGGUAACGUUAAAAAAUGA